CAGGGAAGGCAGAGAGACCAAACGUUCCUGAGAGUUUCUGGGUUGAAGUGUUAGUUGGUUUUUUUAGUAAUGAAGUUUGGUGAUGUGCAAGUUUUUACUGCACUAAUACACAAAAGGAUUAUUUUACCAGUCAGAUCAUCUCUGACGACGUGGGCCGACGUUCAUCUACCUCAUCAGUUCCUGUUGGAAAACUGGGAAUCCGAUUCCAGCCGACACUCUACCUCUAACAUCAUCCCUCCAGCAUGAGCGAUGACAGGGACAGGAACAGGCCUGGAGGAAGCUGGAGCCAGAGCCAGGGAGCCAGACUGGCCCCAAACGUCAAACCCACACUCAGCCAGAAAGAGAGGAACGGCAAGGAGGACCAGUGGAAGCGGGAGAAGACCGCAAAAGUGAGGCGAUCUAGGAGCAGCGACUCAGAGAGGACGGAGAGAGGGAGGAGGAGGGAAAGAGACAGGCACCAGGGAGAGAGGAGACGGCGCGGGAGGAGUGAGGAGGCCCGGAGACCAGACAGGAGAGUGGGGGAGAGCGACCGGAGGAAGGUGAAGCCCCCUGAAGAUGAUGUGGAGGACACUGAGUGCGCUGUGUGCUUCUGCUCCUACGACAACGUCUUCAAGACCCCGAAGCUGCUGGCGUGCGGACACACCUUCUGCCUGGAGUGCCUCGCUCGCAUCAACGUGACCUCCCCCGAGCUCAAGACCCUGCCCUGCCCUGUGUGCCGCGAGCUGACCGAGCUCCCCCACGGCCAGGACCUGCCCCGCCUGGGCAACAAUGAAGACAUCAUAGGAAAACUCCCACCAGACAUGCAGAGGGCACUGUCCAUCCGCUUCAAGCGCAGCAAGGGCAAGCUGGUCCUCAAGAACCCUCCUCCCGCCAGCCCCACCAAGCCUAAUGUCCUCACCCUGCCUAAAAAGAGUCAGGAUGGCCAGGUGACAGCGGGCGGCGACCUCCACCUGAGUGCAGUGGAGCAGGGAAUAGCGCCAACCACCGUGGUGAACGUGGGAAGGCCUCCGAACAGGGUAAGAGGUCGCCUGCGCAGCUUGUUCCGCUCGGACCAGUGCUACUACGCCGUGGUGGCGUCCAUCAUCACCAUCGCUGUGGCGCUCAUGCUGGUGGGGAUUCUGGCCUUUGUGAUCAUACCGAACGUGGUCAUUCACCGGAGGCCUGUUAAUCCGGCGAACCUGACGUUACAGGAUGCCCCAGGAGCCGGAGAUGAACUCACUGCACCCUGAAGGGGCAGGGGAGGGACGGGAGACUACUGCCCGGAAUGAGACUAAAGAGGACGGAGAGAAUACCACAGGAGAACUUGUUGUGAUUCUCAAUGAUCGUUUUGCCUCCCUUUUACCUCUUGGCUAGUAAUGGUGAAGGAAAAACUAAGCGCUGGGACACAUUCAAGCUGGUUCACAUGCAGUGAAGUGAAGAAAUGAAGGAAAACAAGGACAGCAACAUUUUUUUAAAUAUAGGACAGGCAGGCUUAAAGCUGCACAUGAAGGAAACGGGGCAAACACGCAUGUUUUGUUUUGUUUUGACCUUUGUGUUCUUCUCUGAGCAUGAUUUUGUGAUUACUGUGAAAGCCAGAAAUGCUGUGUGUGUGUGUCUGUGACUGCGUGUGUGUGUCUGUGACUGUGUGUGUGUGUGUGUGUCUGCUCCGAACGAUUAAUAAGCUGUAAAUGUUGAAAUGCACUAAACUCUGUGAUGAAAAGUCUUGAGUAUCUUUUGAUUGCAUGGGGCCGAGCUCAGUAACCAGCUCAGGGUUUCUUGUUCUUCCAGAUUUUGUUUAUAGACCUGCUCAUUGUACAUAGCCACAGAUGAUUUAUAUAUUUGUAAGUAUUUUCUCUUUCUC